CGUCCUAUCUCGAAUAUAGGCAGCAGUUAGUUUAAUAACAUUUAUCAUUUUGUUAUUGUGUUUACAGUUACUGUGAAAAACGUUAAUGACCAUGUACUUACUUACAUGAAAUCCAGUACGAGUUAAGGAAGUAUGAGUGAUAAUGGAUUAUGGCACGGAAAAAUAAAAACCUCAAUAAAAUGGAUGAAAGUAACAUUCCUAUCGACAUUAAUAUUGGAAAGCUGCAAGACUGGCUUGUAAGUAGAAGACAUGUUAAUAAAGAAUGGCAAAAAAACAUCAUAGCAGUAAGAGAAAAGAUAAAUAACGCUAUUCAGGACAUGCCUGCUCAUGAUGACAUUGCUUCCUUGUUGUCAGGCACUUACAUCAACUACUUCCACUGCCAGAAAAUUAUAGAGAUUCUUAAAGAGACAGAAGCAGAUACAAAGAACCUCUUUGGUCGAUAUGGAUCCCAGAGAAUGAAGGACUGGCAAGAUGUAGUGAAGAGUUAUGAAAAAGAAAACUUGUAUUUGGCUGAAGCAGCUCAAAUUUUGGUCAGGAAUAUAAGCUAUGAGAUUCCCGGGCUGAAGAAACAGAUUGCUAAAGAGGAACAGUUACAAGUUGAAUGUGAAAAGAAAAACACUGACUACUUAAAGAAUGAAGCUUCAAGCAAAUCAGAGUUCUUGAGUCUGUGCAAGCAGCUCGGCAUCCAGGGCAACAAGAUCAAGCGGGAACUCGUGGACAGGUUGAUGGAGUUGCCCGAAAUAUAUGAUAAGAUUGGUAAAUCUCUCAAGCCACUACUCCCAGCGAUAGAACUUUACACGGCAUUCACAAAAUAUAUACUCGGUGAGCGCGCCACGGAGGUGUUGCCAUUAUUGCAAUACGUCAUUCAGCAUGGCAAUACCACAGUCUAUGAGUGGAGCUACGGUGAGCCCCCGUUGAGUGUGGAGCCCGAUCCGGUACAUAUCGAGUUCGAUGAUGAAGAACAGGGUGGGGGGGAUCAAAUAGAUUUUGGUGAUUCCAACGAGAUAGACUUCGGGUCCAUAGACACCGGGGCCAUAGACUUUGGUGAUGGCGAUGGUGCUGCGGAAAUCGACUGGGGGAACAUCGGGGAAGCGCCAGCCGAGAAUGUGGACCUAUCAGCGAACAUAGCGGAGAUAUCCUUGGAAGAGUCUGGCAUUGUGGUGGAGGACCAGGGUGUGCAGGGUGGGGUGGCGCGGGGGAAGGACGCCCUCACUCUCUUAGACAACCCCGCGACCAGGAACCAGGUCAUAGAUCAACUGCUGGAGCUGGAAUCAUUCCUCAAAAUGCGCCUAUACGAAACGAACACAUCGAACGAGCAGAGUUUCUCCCUGAUCCAGCAGUUGCCCACGGAGAGUGCGGCCGCGUUGACGGCCAUGUUGGACUCUGUCCAGGUCGCCUCUAGUCGCCUCACCGCGCCAGAGGUCAACCACCUUCAUAACGUGAAACAUUCACCCAGAUACGUAGACGUCUUAACGGCCCAAUUGAAGCAGAAACUAGCGCUCUGCGACAAACUGAGCAAAUUGGCGGCGCGCUCGGGCGAGCAGCGAGCACUGAGCACGGCGCGCGCGGCUCAGCUGCGACCCGCGCUCGCCAGGCUCGUGGACAGGACUAGGGAACUACAGGCCCAGAUCGAAGCCGAUAUCUCGAAGAAGUAUAAAGGCAGGCCCGUGAAUAUCAUCGGUGGUGUGAAAUUUUUGUAAAUACUACAAAGUUUGUACAUAAGAAUAUAAAUAUAUAUUUUGUUGACGGAAU